CCCCCUCCUCCCCUUCUCUUUCCCACUGCGCCCGAGUCGGGGAGUGGGGAGUGGGUGGGGGGAGCCUGCAGAGUUCCAUUUUGGAACAACCGCGCCUCGUCUCCGCGCUCCCAGCCCGGGUCCCCGCGUUCCCAACCCCGGCGCAGGUCUCCCUGCACCGGCUGCUCUUGGAAUCCAGCUGUGAGCCGAUUCCUAGGAUGUAAGCAAGACCAGAGCGAUAAGAUGCUACCUGGUGAGCAUAGCGGUGGGCGCAUUUACAAUUGCUCGUGCUGAAAAGCGUUCUGAAAACGGUAAGAGGGGACUUCAGCAUUCAAGGAAAGCCAAAGCCACCUGAGAGGGAGUAAAACCCAAAGCAAGCGUGCCAUCUUAUUUGUCCCAAGACUGCCACUGUGCUCCCCUCCCCCAGAUUCCAAAACGAAGGCAUUGUGGCACCCAGUCAACAUGGCGAGCAAACGAAAAUCUACAACUCCGUGCAUGGUUCGGACGUCCCAAGUGGUAGAACAAGAUGUGGCCGAGGAGGCAGACAGGGCCAAAGAGAAAGGCAUGGGCAUCCCCCCGUCUGACGGAGCCAAGGACAGGUGGGCAGCAGAUCCUGAAAACUCUUCCAAAGAAAGUGAAUUAAUAGAGGUGAAACCCACAGGGGAAAACCCAUCCAAAAAGCUCCAGGGGGGUUAUGAGUGCAAAUACUGCCCCUACUCCACCCAAAACCUGAACGAGUUCACAGAGCACGUGGACAUGCAGCACCCCAACGUCAUCCUCAACCCCCUGUACGUGUGCGCCGAGUGCAACUUCACCACCAAAAAGUACGACUCCUUGUCAGAGCACAACUCUAAGUUCCACCCCGGGGAGGCCAACUUCAAGUUAAAGUUAAUCAAGCGCAAUAAUCAGACCGUCCUGGAGCAGUCCAUCGAAGCCACCAAUCACGUCGGGUCCAUCACCACCGGUGGCCCCGGCAGUGGGGACAGCGAUCCUGGGAUCCCCGUGAGUAAAACCCCCAUCAUGAAGGCAGGAAAACCGAAAGCUGACACCAAGAAGGCCCCCAAAAAGCCUGAAGAGGCCAUCCCCGAAAACCACAUGGAAGGAACAGCCCGCCUGGUGACGGACACGGCGGAGAUACUGUCGAGACUCGGGGGCGUAGAGCUCCUCCAAGACUCCUUGGGACACGUCAUGCCUUCUGUACAGCUGCCACCAAAUAUCAACCUUGUCCCCAAGGUCCCCGUCCCGCUGAAUACUACCAAAUACAACUCCGCCCUGGACACAAAUGCCACCAUGAUCAAUUCCUUCAACAAGUUCCCUUACCCGACCCAGGCUGAGCUGUCCUGGCUGACGGCCGCCUCCAAGCACCCAGAGGAGCAUAUCCGAAUCUGGUUCGCCACCCAGCGCCUGAAGCAUGGCAUCAGUUGGUCCCCGGAGGAGGUAGAGGAGGCCCGGAAGAAGAUGUUUAACGGUACCAUCCAAUCCGUACCCCCCACGAUCACUGUGCUUCCUGCCCAGCUGGCCCCCACCAAGGUGUCACAGCCCAUCCUCCAGACAGCGCUCCCUUGCCAAAUCCUUGGCCAGACCAGCCUUGUGCUGACUCAAGUGACCAGCGGGUCCACUACUGUCUCCUGCUCACCCAUCACACUGGCUGUGGCUGGAGUGACCAACCACGGGCACAAGAGACCUCUGGUGACUCCCCAGGCUGCCCCCGAGCCCAAGAGGCCACACAUCGCCCAGGUGCCAGAGCCUCCCCCCCCCAAGGUGGCCAACACCCCGCUCCCACCAGCCAGCGACCGCAAGAAGACCAAGUUGCAGAUCGCACACCUCAAGGCCAGCUUCCUCCAGAGCCAGUUUCCUGACGAUGCCGAGGUCUACCGGCUCAUCGAGGUAACCGGCCUGGCCAGGAGUGAGAUCAAGAAGUGGUUCAGCGACCACCGGUACCGGUGUCAGCGAGGCAUUGUCCACAUCACCAGCGAGUCCCUUGCCAAAGACCAGAUGGCCAUCUCCACCUCCCGACACGGCCGCACCUACCAUGCCUACCCGGACUUUGCCCCCCAGAAGUUCAAAGAGAAAACACAAGGUCAGGUGAAAAUCCUGGAAGACAGCUUUUUGAAAAGCUCCUUUCCUACUCAAGCAGAACUGGAUCGGCUCAGAGUGGAGACCAAGCUGAGCAGGAGAGAGAUCGACUCUUGGUUCUCAGAGAGACGGAAGCUUCGAGACAGCAUGGAGCAGGCUGUCCUCGAUUCCAUGGGAUCUAGCAAAAAAGGCCCGGAUGUGGUCACUCCCAAUGGUGCUCUGUCUCGACUUGACCAGCUCUCCGGUGCCCAGCUAUCCAGUUCCCUGCCCAGUCCCUCACCAGCAAUCACACAAAGUCAAGAACAGGUUCAUCUCCUGAGAAGCACCUUCGCAAGAACACAGUGGCCGACUCCACAAGAGUACGACCAGCUGGCGGCCAAGACCGGCCUGGUCCGGACUGAGAUCGUGCGCUGGUUCAAGGAGAACAGAUGCUUGCUAAAGACUGGAGCCCUGAAGUGGAUGGACCACUAUCCACAGCCACACAGUUCCGACGAGUCCGGCUAUGAGGCAGUCACCAGGAAAGUCACAAAACCCAUCAGCGAGAGCCCAAAGAACGGGAGCGAGGUGAUACCGCAGUACCACAGAGACCCCAAAAUGCUCUGCGAGGAAAACUUGGAAAAGUCAGUCCCCAGAAGAAAAGCAGCCAGCGAGCAGGCCAAGGACAGCUUAGCGGCCAAGCCCUCGGAGGCCACCUCCAACGGGUCUGAGGGCAGUGACGAGAACGAGGAGUCCGGCAUUGUGGACUUCGUAGAGGUGACCGUGGGAGAGGAGGACGCCACCUCAGACAAGUCAGAUAGCUGGAGUCAGGCGGCAGGAGAUGGCACCGCAGAAGGGGCCGACUCGGACUCGGACGGCGCUCCUGCAGAGGCUAGCCAGGCCUAGCCAGGGUACUUGGCUGGAACUCUUGGCUGGAACUCUGCUGAUAAGGAGAUGCUCUGACCUUGAAGAAACGUUCCUCAUGUGGGCCACCUCGCCAGCGAUUCCAAGUGCAACUUCGCUUGUGUGUGCCUGGAGGGCACG